CCGGGGAGCAGAGGGCUGCGUGCAGCUGCGGGGAGGUUGGGCUUCCUUUCCUGUCUGUCCUCUCUGCAAAUGCAGACCCCACGCGAGGGCAAGCCGACGGACUGCUGAGUCGAAUCUAGCAGGCGGAGGCCUCCAGGUGUGGAGAUUUGCCCUAUGCUUUUUAGGCGGAGCUGAUUUAAUAACCCGCAUCUUAAACCAAAGUCCUGAGGACUUUAGUUCUGAAUCCCGCAUGGAUUCUCACUGUUAACUCUUGGGCCUGCACAAAGGCCCCAAGGACUGGUAACUUGAGGGAAUAGCACUCUGACAUUGCUGGUUGGGUAGUUUAGCUUGGGGAGAAAACUACAGGACGGUGUUUGCAUUCAUUCGGCUUUUCCCCUCUUCUUACCUCGGUCUGCCCUAGCAAACGCGAACUUGGGUUUGAGCAAAUGAUGAUUUUUGAAGUCUUGGCCACGAUUUAAAAUUCCAGGGAAAUCGCUAAAUUCUAAAACUGUCUUUCUAAAGUUCAAAAAGUAAAAAGACAAAACAAGCCUCCCCACAAAACUUUCAGUGGCUUUCUCGGACAAAAUGUAGUUCUCUAAAAAUCCUUCCUGUUAACCAUUAUUAGACCUACAAAUAUAGCUUUAGCUUUCAUUUAUUUGUUCUAGGUUAGUAGUUCUUCCAGAAAAAUCCCAGGACUAAAAAAGUGAAUUCCGCGAGUGUUUUUCUUUUUUAACUAUCCGUUUUGUGAUGAAACCUACGUGCGUAGAGCUGCUGUGGAGAGUUACUGAGAAAUGUCAUGUACAGUAUCCACAAAACACCUCUUAUCUGUAAGGCUAGGAUAGGGAGAAGAGUCCAUUAGCUUGGCAAUGUGUACUGAGGGCUAUGCGCCAGGAAAAAAUCCUCCGUGAUGGACACUUCUUAAUUUAAUAUUGCUGAGCAUAGUUUUGUUUACAUUUUAAAAUAGAUUUAUUGUCUUUCUGCUUAUAAAUAUCCAUUGCCCCACCAUUAGAAAAUGCCAAAAAAGUACAAAGGCAAAAAAUAGAUCACUUACAAUCCUAGCACCCAGAGAUCAUUAACUUUUGGGGGUAUUUCCUAUUAACCUUUUCAAUAUUUAUAAGAUCAUAAAUAAUAUAAUUAAAAUAGUUCAAUUUCUGUAAGUCAGCUUUUUCAACUUAAAUGAAUACUCUUCAUGGGUGUCUCUUUACUAAAACAGAUUAUGUAAAGUUUUUAAGUGCAUGCAUUACUGGGUUGCAUUUCAGUUGGUUGUGAAAAAGAACAUGAUAAUCAAAAUACAGAGAUAAUUCUCUGACUUCACUCUUUCCAGCCUUCAAAAUCUCAAAACUGUUCUAUGAGAAUUCUUAUUUCUACUCCUUUUUCCUCUUCAGGCAUGUCACCUUUACAGAAACAUGUAAUCAAUUCAGUAGCAAAAUCAGCAUAGAAGUCAGAGUCUCACGGCUCCAGAACUCUUCUGGGCUUUAACAUCACUGGAAGCUUUAAGAACAUAUGUAACUCCUUGUCGCCACCCCCAGAGGUUCAGCCUCAGUAACUCUAUGUCUCAGGAAUCUGCAUUAAAGCUAAAGAAAGAAAACCAACUUCCUAGGCCAUUGUGGCCAGACAGGUUUGAGAACCACUGGUCCAGAACAGAGCCAGUGGUUUUCAGGGGUAUAUUAAAGAUUACCCUGUCUAACUCUUAUUUCUCAGAUGAAGAAACCGAGACUCCCAAGUGUUUUAAGCAGUUAACCCAUGGCCUUGUGGCCAGUUAAGGGUAGAACCAAACAUAGAAUGCAGAUCUGAUCAUAGCACUCUUUUCUUUUAUUACAUGUGAUAGCACCUCCCUGAUACUCAGCUGUGUAGGCAAUAAUUUAGCCAAUACGAAAAAUAAAUGAUCCAGGUUUUAGAUCCACGGCCUUUGACAAGUUCGGUCAUGCCAGUGGAUGUGGCCAUGAGACUCUGCUUGGCUCAUUCGCCACCUCUGAAGAGUUUCCUGGGCCCUUAUGAUGACCUCCAACGAAGAAAUUUUGUCAACAAAUUAAAGCCUCUGAAACCGUGUCUCAAUAUAAAACAGGAAGCCAAAUCACAGAAUGACUGGGAGAGUUCACACAACCACGCCAAGAAACGGGUUGUGUUUGCAGAUUCCAAGGGCCUCUCCCUCACUGCCAUCCAUGUCUUCUCCGACCUCCCAGAAGAACCAGCGUGGGACCUCCAGUUUGAGCUCCUGGACCUCAAUGACCUGUCCUCUGGCUUAAAACUCCAUGAGGAGAAAAACCUGAUUUUAGACUUCCCUCAGCCUUCAACUGAUUACUUAAGUUUUCGGAGCCACUUUCAGAAGAACUUUGUCUGUCUGGAGAACUGCUCUCUUCAAGAGCGAACAGUGACUGGGACUGUGAAGGUAAAAAAUGUCAGCUUUGAGAAGAAGGUUCAGAUCCGUAUUACUUUUGAUACUUGGAAAAGCUACACCAAUGUGGACUGUGUCUACAUGAAAAAUGUGUAUGGUGGCUCAGAUAGUGACACCUUCUCGUUUGCCAUUGACUUACCCUCUGUCAUUCCAACUGAGGAAAAAAUUGAGUUUUGCAUUUCUUACCAUGCUAACGGGCAGGUCUUCUGGGACAACAAUGAGGGUCAGAAUUAUAGAAUUGUUCACGUGCAAUGGAAACCUGAUGGUGUUCAGACGCAGACAGCAUCCCAGAACUGUGCAUUCCAAGGGGUGCCCCCCAAGACUGAAAUGGAGUCAACAAUCUUUGGCAGUCCGAGGCUGGCCAGCGGGCUCUUCCCAGAAUGGCAGAGCUGGGGGAGAAUGGAGAACUUGGCCUCUUAUCGAUGAGUUAAGCAACCUAGGAAAUGGUCUUGACCUGUCAUAUUCCCGUGUAAUUCUAAGUCUAUAAUGCUCAACAUUAGGAAGUCUUAGCUACUUUCCUUCACUAGGCUUAGGUUUGAGCUUGUGAGACCUGGCUUCAAAAAAAUAGCCACUUGAGAAUUUAGUGUUGGGGUUUAUAUGGAUGACGCUGUGCAGUUUUGCUGUGAAGGUUCAAGUAACAGGCUGGAACUCUAUUUUUGUAAAAGUAAUACUUUUUCAAUGCCAUCUCUCCUUCUAAAUUAACUUGCUUUUACGCUGGGCAUGGAGAGGUUGGAGAAGGACAGUUGAUGGUGAGGGAAAGCUGUGUUAAUGGUAUGAGGAAUGUCUGAAAAGUGUUCCCGAAAGGCUUUGGAGCUCAAGUCCAAGUAGAAGUGGGAGGUCCGAUACUUAACUGCUGGUGAGAAGUGUAAGGUUAUUUUGUUUUUAAGUUGGGUCUACAGUUCUCUCUUGGGGAAGUAAUUUGUAGAGGGAAGAAAAAGAUUUAUCCCGAGUGUUCUUGUGGAGAAAAAGGAAACAAACUUUAGGGAUGGCGGGUGGUGUUGAGGAAAGGUGAAUUAUAACUCUGGAGGAUCAAGAUUUUAAGUGAAGCCUUUCUGUUCAGACAUGAUUUAUCAACAAGUACUAUUUGGGGAAAGUUUAAGCACAUCUGGCUUUGCAGUCUAAGUGAGCUUGUUUGUGAUUAAGGCAUCACACUGGCAUUCUCAGUACAGAAUGCUGCUUAACCAAAAAAACCAUGCCAUCACCAAUGGCUAACAACUUGUAGAGACUCUGUCAUGUCAAAGAUAGCUCUUUGCCAGUGCCUUGAUUAAACCAGAAUAUUGUAGCUGCUUAACCCAAAUAUCUGCAGGGUCAUCUGAUAACUCACGAUUGUUUGGCCUCAUGAGAAGGUCCACUCUGUAUACUGGCAUUCCUCCUGCAAUACUGUUGUUUGAGAGUGUUGUUGGUGUAUACAACUCACACCCUUCAUAUUGAAGGCGACCUAGUUUUCCACCACACUUUUUCGAUGUGAUGUUGGAAGUGAGGACUGACACUGAUUCUCCAUUCAAGAAUCCAGUACCUUGCAUAUAAAAGUAGCGGUCAAUUUCUUGCCUACAUUCAUCUUGAUAUUUGAAGUCUUUUUACCAAUUUCUUUGAAGUCAAAGUGUUUUUUUAAAAAUGGGUAUGAAUUAUUUUGGAUGUUUUAUAAUAUAUUUGUUUAUAUUUGGCAUAUAUAUAUGUAUAUAAAGAUGUGCAUAAAUCCAUUCUGUAAGAUCAAGGACAGUAGCCCCUGAAUGUUUGCUUAUGUCAUUGUGCGUGUCCAUUGUGAGGUGUUCAGAGAAUGCAAGUAAUUUUAGCACGUGUGGUCUGCCAUGCUUGAACAACUGCUAUUGGAAUAACUCUGCUGUGACAGUAUUUGAAGUUUGGUUAGCACUCACAUUUUUUGUACUCUAAAUAUUUCACUCUCCUGUAGCUAUCUUUAGUGAACUUAUCACUUUAAGAAUAAAAGUGUUUGAUAUAACA